AGAUAUUAGUAGUGCUCAGUGCUUGUGUAGCUAUUUUGUUCGUAGUUAAACAAAUUUAUUUUUUAAUAUGGAAGUGGUCAAUAUAAUUGAUUUACAUAAUGAUUUAGAAAUAGAGGAUAUUAAUAGCGAUGAUGAAAGAGACGUGCGUGUUCCGAAAAGAUAUAUUAGAGACUGGUUCGAUCCGUUUCACUUUUAUAGUAACAAAGAAUUUAAAAGGCAUUUUAGAUUUAAUAAAGAAUCUGUAAUACACGGAAUUUUGCCAGAAAUUGAAGAAGGACUUGCACGCAAUAAUAAUCGUGGUCUUCCAAUACGUCCUUCCAAUACGUCCAAUAUAUCAAUUGUUAAUUUGUCUACGGUUCUAUGCUACAGGCAGUUUUCAGGCAGUACUUGGAGAUACAAUUAUUGUCUCGCAACCAACUAUAUCAAGAGUUGUAUUUCGAAUAUCCAUAUUGUUAGCAAGGAUAUUCAAUAUUUUAUAAACCAUUCUUAAUGACUUAAUGAAUUAUAAUGAAUGGAUUAUAAGUGGGUUUAUAAAAAUGCCUUCUACACCAGAUGUUAUAAGAGAAAAUCACAACCUUUUUAAAGAUAUAGGACGUCGUGCUGGAGGUAUUGGUUUACCAGGGAUUGAUGGAGCUAUUGAUUGUACACAUGUACGAUUAGUUGGUACCAAAUUGCAGAACAUAGAAGAAACUUAUAGAAAUCGAAAGGGAUAUCUAUCAUUAAAUGUACAGGCUGUUGUUGGGCCUAGAACAGAAUUUUUGGACAUUGUUCCAGAAUGGCCGGGUAGCCAGCAUAGUGAUAGUAGAAUUUUUCAAAAUUCUGCUAUAUACAUGAAAUACUUUCAACGUCAGUUGCCAGGUAUUCUAAUAGGAGAUGCAGGAUAUCCCUGUUUACCAUUUCUUUUAACUCCUAUUCAGAAUCCGCAAACAGAUGAGGAAAUUGCUUAUAAUGUACUUCACGGAAGAACACGUCGGAUUGUUGAAAGAACAUUUGGGAUAUGGAAACGUAGAUUUCCGUGCUUAUCUAGAGGAUUAAGCAACAAGUUAAUUGGUUCAACAACAAUAGUUGUUGCGUGUGCUGUGCUGCAUAACAUGUCUUUAAUUUUUAAUGAUAUGUUACCAGAAGAAGAAGUUGAAGAAAAUAAUGAAAUAGAAAUACCAAUUGAACCACACUGGCAGCCGGGAGAGGGUUUUGUAAUGCGAGAAGCACUUAUUGAGAGACUGUAUAGAUAGUUUAUUAUACAACUUAUUACACAACUUAUACAAUAAACAAAAAGUAACAAAGUAAA